AUGUCGUCGGAUAAAUUGCAUAAGGUUGUGCAUGAAGCUCACGAUGUUGAAGCUCGUCAUGCUCCAGAACAUUUCUACAAUUCUCAACCGGGUAAAUCGUACUGUACUGAUGAAGAACAUUACCGUGAGAUGUACACUCAGUCCAUUGAGGACCCAGCAGGGUUUUUCGGUCCAUUGGCCAAGGAAUAUCUAGAUUGGGAUCGUCCAUUCACCCAAGUCCAAAGCGGUUCUUUGGAACACGGUGACAUUGCCUGGUUCUUAAAUGGUGAACUGAAUGCUUCUUAUAACUGUGUUGACAGACACGCUUUUGCCAACCCAGACAAGCCAGCUUUAAUCUACGAAGCCGACGAUGAAUCUGAAAACAAGGUGAUCACUUUUGGCGAAUUGUUGAGACAGGUCUCUGAAGUGGCUGGUGUCUUGCAAUCUUGGGGUGUCAAGAAAGGAGACACCGUCGCCGUUUACUUGCCAAUGAUUCCUGCUGCAGUUGUUGCUAUGUUGGCCGUUGCAAGAUUAGGUGCCAUUCAUUCGGUUAUCUUUGCCGGUUUCUCUGCCGGUUCCUUGAAGGAAAGAGUUGUCGAUGCAGGCUGUAAAGUGGUCAUCACUUGCGAUGAAGGUAAGAGAGGUGGUAAGACCGUUCAUACCAAGAAGAUUGUCGACGAAGGUUUGGCCGGUGUCGAUUCCGUUUCCAAGAUCUUGGUUUUCCAAAGAACUGGUACUCAAGGUAUCCCAAUGAAGCCAGCUAGAGAUUUCUGGUGGCACGAAGAGUGUGUCAAGCAAAGAGGUUACUUGCCACCUGUCCCAGUCAACUCCGAAGAUCCAUUGUUCUUGUUGUACACCUCUGGUUCCACCGGUUCUCCAAAAGGUGUCGUGCACUCUACUGCUGGUUACUUGUUAGGUUCUGCUUUGACCACCAGAUUCGUUUUCGAUAUUCAUCCAGAAGAUGUUUUGUUCACUGCUGGUGACGUCGGUUGGAUUACCGGCCACACUUACGCCUUGUACGGUCCAUUGACCUUAGGUACCGCUACCAUUAUUUUCGAAUCUACUCCAGCUUACCCAGAUUAUGGUAGAUACUGGAGAAUCAUUGAACGUCAUAGAGCUACCCACUUCUACGUCGCCCCAACUGCCCUAAGAUUGAUCAAACGUGUCGGUGAAGAAGAAAUUGCCAAGUAUGAUACCUCCUCCUUAAGAGUCUUGGGUUCUGUCGGUGAACCAAUCUCUCCAGAUCUAUGGGAAUGGUACCACGAAAAGGUUGGUAAGAAUAACUGUGUUAUCUGUGACACCAUGUGGCAAACCGAAUCCGGUUCACACUUGAUUGCCCCAUUGGCUGGUGCUGUCCCAACCAAACCAGGUUCCGCUACCGUCCCAUUCUUCGGUAUUAACGCCUGUAUCAUCGACCCAGUUUCUGGUGAAGAAUUGAAGGGUAACGAUGUUGAAGGUGUCUUGGCAGUGAAGUCCCCAUGGCCUUCUAUGGCCAGAUCUGUCUGGAACAACCAUGCUCGUUACUUCGAAACUUAUUUGAAGCCAUACCCAGGAUACUACUUCACAGGUGAUGGUGCUGGUAGAGAUCACGACGGUUACUACUGGAUCAGAGGUAGAGUUGACGAUGUCGUUAACGUUUCCGGUCACAGACUUUCUACUGCUGAAAUCGAAGCUGCUCUAGCUGAACACGAAGGUGUUUCUGAAGCUGCCGUUGUUGGUAUCACUGAUGAACUAACAGGUCAAGCUGUCAUUGCAUUCGUUUCCUUGAAGGACGGCUAUCUGUCUGAAAAUGCGGUAGAGGGUGACAGUACCCACAUCUCUCCAGACAACUUACGUCGUGAGUUGAUUCUACAAGUCAGAGGUGAAAUUGGUCCAUUCGCUGCACCAAAGACCGUUGUUGUUGUCAACGAUUUGCCAAAAACUAGAUCCGGUAAAAUUAUGAGAAGAGUCUUGAGAAAGGUUGCAUCCAAGGAAGCUGAUCAAUUGGGUGAUCUAAGUACCUUAGCCAAUGCAGACGUUGUACCAUCUAUCAUUUCUGCAGUAGAAAAUCAAUUUUUCAGUCAGCAGAAGAAAUAA